AUGGCGGGGCGAGCCCUGCUCUCCUCCCUCCGACCCUACCCCCUCCUCGCGCCCCGCUCCUCCCCCCUCCCGCUCCUCCUCCGCCGCCGAUGCUCCUCCUCCUCCUCGGCGGCGCCGCGCGUAUCCUCCCUCCCUCUCGGCGCCGACCCCGAGGGUGCGAAGGAGCCCUCCAAGGCGCCUCCUUUCGUGCUCACGACGCCGCUCUACUACGUGAACGCGCCGCCCCACAUGGGCAGCGCCUACACCACCAUCGCCGCCGACGCCAUCGCCCGGUUCCAGAGGCUUCUAGGGAAGAAGGUUAUAUUCAUCACAGGAACAGAUGAGCAUGGAGAGAAAAUUGCUGCAGCAGCAGAAGCUAGCGGCAAUAGCCCGAGCGAGCACUGCAACACCAUUUCCCAUUCUUACCGCUUGCUUUGGGCAGAUCUCGAUAUAAAAUAUGAUAAAUUUAUUCGGACUACCAGUUCAAGACAUGAAGCUGUCGUGAAGGAGUUCUACUCUAGAGUACUAAACAAUGGCGACAUAUAUAGGGCUGACUACGAGGGGCUCUACUGCAUAAAUUGUGAGGAGUACAAGGAUGAGAAAGAAUUGCUUGAGAAUAAAUGUUGCCCUAUGCACCUAAAGCCUUGUGUACUUCGGAAGGAGGAUAACUUCUUUUUUGCCUUAUCGAAGUAUCAGAAGAAAUUGGAAGAUUUAUUGCUAAGCAACCCAGAUUUUGUGAAGCCUUCUUUUCGCUUAAAUGAGGUGCAAAGCUGGAUUAAUGGUGGAUUAAGAGACUUUUCUAUAUCCCGUUCUUCUGUGGACUGGGGCAUACCAGUGCCAAACGACAAUAAGCAAACUAUUUAUGUAUGGUUUGAUGCUUUGUUGGGUUAUAUUUCUGCAUUGUUAGAGAAUGAGGAGAGUCCAAGUUUACAACAAGCUGUUAAUUCUGGCUGGCCUGCCUCAUUGCACUUAAUAGGCAAGGAUAUCUUGCGGUUUCACGCAGUUUAUUGGCCAGCGAUGUUAAUGUCUGCUGGAUUAACUCUUCCGAAAAUGGUUUUUGGCCAUGGCUUUUUGACAAAGGAUGGUAUGAAGAUGGGGAAAUCCUUGGGAAACACACUUGAGCCAAAGGAUCUGGUGCACAGAUUUGGAGCUGAUGCUGUUAGGUAUUUCUUCUUGAGGGAAGUGGAGUUCGGGAAUGAUGGGGACUACUCAGAGGAUCGCUUCAUCAAUAUAGUUAACGCGCACCUCGCAAAUACUGUUGGAAACCUUCUCAACCGGACCCUUGGACUUCUGAAGAAGAAUUGCCAAUCCACAUUACCUUUUGAUUCCAUGGCAGCAGCAGAAGGAAAUCCAUUCAAAGAUACUGUGGAGAAAUUGGUGGAAAAGGCGAGGUGCCAUUAUGAAAAUCUCUCACUCUCAGCAGCUUGUGAAUCUGUUCUUGAAAUCGGCAAUGCUGGUAACUUGUACAUCGAUGAGCAUGCACCAUGGUCUGGAUUCAAGCAAGGGGGUACUAGCUCUGAAAUGGCCGCAAAGGACCUUGUAAUUAUACUGGAGGCAAUGAGGAUUAUUGCAAUAGCAUUAUCUCCAAUUACUCCAAGUCUAUGUUGGCGAAUCUUUUCACAGCUCGGGUUCUCAGAGGAUCAACUUGGAGCACUAACGUGGAGCGACACGGAUUGGGGAAGGCUGAGAGCAGGCCACAUAAUGCCAGACCCAAAACCCGUCUUUGCGAGGAUUGAAACAGAAAAGGAAGGCGGAAAUGAUUCAAAUCUCAAGGUCGUGAAGAACAAGAAAAAGGUUUCUCGUAGUGAGGGACUCGUAGAGGCAUAAUUACGAAGUUCAACAUUUUCGUAAUUAGUUAUGCAGCCAUGGAUGCCCCGCAAUCAGCUGGAGGAUCCGAGACCGAGCCGUAAGCUGUUCAUGGAUCCUGCUUUUUGUCCCAGAGAUUGCUGAUGUUGAAUCCACUAAUCUACCACUAUUUCCACAUCUUUGUUGCAUAUUUGAGUCGAAUUUAGAUUUGCAUUCAAAGAAUGAUGUUGACUUCAACAAAUGAAAGUUGUAGAUGUUUCCAUUUUUGAUGAUUUGAACUUGAAUUAUAGUAUGGAAAAGAUCAGCAGCUAAUCUAUAAAGUGGUCAUAUUCGAAAUA